UACCUCGAGCUUUGGCUGCUUCCCAAAGUUGACUCCUCCUAAAGCACUACGUACGUCAAAGACGAGGCUGCAGGCCAUACCAUAGCGGCAUAGCCACCGAGACGUACGAGGAGGAAGGGAGAAGAGGCACGAGAGGAAUGGGGGAGGGCGCGCCAUGCAGCUUCACGCCGCGGCGCCGGGGGGUGCUGUGGCGCGGCCUGGGCCUCGGCCGGCGCCGUAAGCUCCAGGUCGCCUGGCUCGGCGGCGGCAGGGCAGGCGGUGGCGGUGGCCGUUGCCACGGGCUCCUGCGGCGGCUCCGCCUGCGCUGGCUCCGGCGCGCCGUCCGCAAGCUGGCCGCGAUCUACAUGGCGGCGCUGGCAGGUCCGCCGGCGUCGUCGUCGUGCCCUGCGUGGGUCGGCGUGGAGCCCUGCUUCGCCACGCCGUUCAUCUUCGUCCCCAACGCCCCGCGGUUCUUGUGAAGCCGCCGGGCAGAGCUUUUAGGAGGAGCCGACCGAUGGCCGUGAUCUUGGCAUGAUUUGCGUGCGCAAAACUCUGCUUGAUUCCUGUCCUUGCUGUCCUUAGUUUCGUUUGGACGCAAAAUGAGAGAAGGAAGAUGUAAAAUCAGUAUAUGAAUGGGUGUUCUUCCCUUGUAAUUAACCACCGGCCAUCGAUAAGUUUCUUCGUUUUUCUGUA